ACUUCAUCACUUCGAAAGCCGUAGAAAAACCAGUAUAAAACCCUAACAAUCCGCCGCUAAGCACAGCUUAAAUCGAAAGAAAAAAAGAUGCAGAUAUUCGUGAAAACCCUAACCGGCAAGACCAUAACUCUCGAGGUCGAGAGCAGCGACACCAUCGAUAACGUCAAAGCCAAGAUCCAAGACAAAGAAGGAAUUCCCCCGGACCAACAACGUUUAAUUUUUGCUGGUAAACAACUUGAAGAUGGCCGUACAUUGGCUGAUUACAACAUUCAAAAAGAAUCAACGCUUCAUCUUGUUUUAAGGUUGAGAGGUGGAAUUAUUGAGCCUUCUUUAAUGGCUUUGGCUCGUAAAUACAACCAAGACAAAAUGAUUUGCCGCAAGUGUUAUGCUCGGUUGCAUCCGAGAGCGGUGAACUGUCGCAAGAAGAAAUGUGGUCAUAGCAAUCAGUUGAGGCCCAAGAAGAAGAUCAAGUAAACUAUGACUGACUAUGGUGGUUUAUGUCAUAGCUGGAUAUGGCUGUUGUUGAGAAGUUUUUGAGUUAUAAUUGAGGUUAAAAAUUAUACUUUUUGACUAUGUUUGGGCUAGUCCUCUUUUGGGUUGCAAUAAUAUGCACAAAAUGUUGUUAUUAUGCUUUCAAUGUUUUUACUUUAUAAUAUUAGAGCUGUAAUCCCGAUGAAACAGUUUUAUCAUGCAAUAUAUAGUGCAUUUAUAA